GCAGCGCCGUCGCCGCCGAGCUCAGUUCGGCAUCAGCGGACACAGCGUACGGCCGGAGAGAGAGACAGGAGCCAUUAGCCUCGUCCGAGACGCAUACAGUUGCACGCACACCUACAACACACAUUGUCGACUCCGCUCCUCUCUCUUGCGCGCGCGCGGCUCACGUACGUGUACAACAUCGUCGCACACGCAGAGAGCCACCUAAAAGCGCUGCCAUAUUCCCGAGGCGCCCGAGUACUCUGCCGACAACUAGUAGGCUCCCGUAGUUUUAAGUGAAUAUUAUGAGAGUGAAGAACGAAAUGGACGACGACGAAAAGGGAAAAUUGUUCGUUGGCGGCCUGUCAUGGGAAACGACUCAGGAGAAUCUCCAGCGCUACUUCAGCCGCUACGGCGAAGUCAUAGACUGCGUCGUUAUGAAGAACAGCGAGUCAGGUCGGAGCCGUGGCUUCGGCUUCGUCACCUUUAGCGACCCCUCCAACGUCGGGCUUGUGCUCCAAAACGGACCCCAUCAGCUAGAUGGACGCACGAUCGACCCCAAGCCCUGCAACCCCCGUACACUCCAGAAGCCCAAGCGCAGCGGAGGCUUUCCCAAGGUCUUCCUUGGCGGGCUGCCCAGCAACGUCACCGAAACGGAUCUCAGAUCUUUCUUCCAGCGCUUUGGCAAGGUCAUGGAGGUGGUCAUUAUGUACGACCAGGAGAAGAAGAAAUCCAGAGGAUUUGGCUUUCUCAGCUUCGAGGAUGAAGAUGCAGUGGACCGAUGCGUUGGAGAACACUUUGUCAACUUGAAUGGAAAACAGGUUGAGAUUAAGCGCGCCGAGCCACGAGACUCGUCGAGCAAGAUGAACGACACCCAUCAAGGCCAGUGGGGUCCUCCCCAGCAGGGACCGCCAAUGGGUAUGGCCGGAAAUAUGGGUCCGAUGGGCGGACCUAACGGACAGAUGGGAGGGCCGAUGAUGGGUGGACCCAUGGGACCACCAGGUAACAUGAUGCAGCAGUACCAGGGAUGGGGUACCAACCCUCAGACCGGUGGAUAUGCCGGCUACAGCACUCAGUACAACGCUCAGGGUUGGGGUGCACCACCAGGACCACCGCAGCAACAGCAGAUCCCACCACCACCACCUCACCAGUGGGGCAGCAGUUACAACGUCCAGCCAGCUGCAGCUAAUCAGGCUUAUGGAAGCUAUGGUGGGCCGGCAGCGGCCGCUUCAGGGGGCUAUGGGCCCACGGCGGGUACUGGCGGGGCUGCGGGAGGAGGACCAGGAGCUUCCUGGAACUCGUGGAACAUGCCACAAAAUGGCCCUCCACCCGGGCACUCAAGCCAGCCUCCACCCCAGCCCCCUCAGCCUAACUCCUCGCAGCCAAACUCCAACUCGAACCCCUCUGGUCCACCGGGUGACAUGUACUCAAGACAGACGAGCGGUUCAGGAGCGCCGGGAUCAAGCAGCAGCUCGGCCAAAACGCCGGACUACGCCGGCUACACCGGCUACAGCAACUAUGCAGACACGAGUUAUCCUCAGCGUUCUUAUCAGGGCGGCGAGAGCAGCCAAGGGAGAACGGACGGAGGAGAACUCAAUGACUUUGAUUUGUCGAUCGUCCCUGACAGGAGGAGGAGGAGGCCACAGCAGCAGCAGCAGUGGUAGAGGUCCAAACGGACCAACCAGCAGCAACAACGACUUCGUCGGAGGAAACGGAGAGGUGGGACCGGCCACCGGCUCUGGCGGACCCCAACGGACACACGCGCUUACCAACAGCGGCAACAGCUACCAUCCGUAUCGACGAUAGAAGAAAGUUUUUCAUGCCUUAUUCGCUCAUUCCGAUCCAUCCGAUUAUACACGUCUAAUAUGGCUCUCAUACUAUUAAGUACGUUAAUUAAGGCAGGUCUACCUCGAUUGUAUAGCUUUAAGUAAGUAAGUUAUAAAGUAUAAGUCAAUUGUAUGCUGCAAUAAGUUGUCGUUUAACUUUUAUCAUUACUUUUUUUAUUACUGGUUGGUAUAGCUACUUAGUACAAUUGAUAUACAUAUAGUAAGAUAUGUGUAGGUUUGUGUAAGAGGCUCGCCUGAGCUGACACAUUAGUACGCGUAGAUUACAUCAGGGCGACUGUUUGUUGUAUACAAAAGAGAUAUGUAUAUGGGUGAGAAUGCUUACAUGUAGAUCUACGUAGUCACAAGAGAGUCAAAUUGAAGUGAAUGAAGAGACAAUAUUCAAGCUUAAUAAAAAACGUUGUACUAAACCGAG